AUCAUUUCCCCAUUUGUGUUUACUACAGUGAGAUUUGCGUCCUCCUGUCUGAAUGCACCCUAAACACGUAGUAAUACAAUAGGCGUGUCGGACUAGUUUGGCCCAUUACGAGAUGUACCGUCAAUGUCCAACAUAUCUGUUGAAAUGUCCGACACAACGAACCGUGGAAUAUCUAACCACAGAGAUCAUUCACGAUUGAAAUGUUAAGAUACAUAAUUUUACAGUUGAAAUCGCGCCAUGUGGUUGUGUCCUUUGCGCGUGCGUUUACCGGUAGAUCUGCCGGGAGAUCCCUCUGUACCGCCCGCUAUAGGCGCUUCCUUCCUCUCAAACGUGAACAGGGUCUGAUGCAGGUUUGUGACCGUCAAGCAGUGUGUGUUCGUGCUUCUGCUCCUCAGGAGACACGAUGCCCUUAAGGCGCCUGUAGGAGCGAUACCCGCUCGGUAGAGCGUGGGGUUACUACUCCGGUAAACGGUGCAGGCGGGUCUUCAGAUCUGUACAUCAUAUUUGAACAGCCAAUACGCGAAAGACUCGGUGACAGCGCUUAAGAAAAAAGUCUUUCAUUGGCUUUAGAGAGGAGCGUUCGUGCCCUGCUCGGCAGAGGCGGGGAGUCCCGUACGGUAACGAGACCGCGGACGCAGGCGGCUCACUUCCAGCGAUGCGUUAGCACGGACCCAACUUGCAGCUUGACAAGUGUUUCUUUGCGCAUGUGAAGAUUUGCCGCAGUCCGUCCGGCGAGCGCACCUGCCCGUCUAACCCCGAGAAUGCACGCGCACGCCUGAAGCGUCCAGGGCUCGAACGGGUCCGUGUAGCGCGAGGUUCCCCAUGGCGGCUCAGCAGCACUCACGAAUUCAGUGUUACCUGGAGAAGAACCGGAUAGGACCGCUGUUUGAGAUGAUGACCAAACUUAUAACGGAGACUCCAGACUAUCCCAUCCCUUUCCUGAUUGGACACCUGCAGACCAAGCAGCAGAGUCCAGGCCCACUGCAGAGAACUUUCUCUGGAUCUGCUGCCCUGUGGGCAGACAGCGACUCUUCAGGCAAAAGCAAUCGGCGGGAUUUCCGGAGUUCUGACCAAGUCUGGCAGGACUAUCACAAAAAGCCUAAGAAGUCCAAGAGUGACCUGGCAGUGUCCAGCAUGUCUCCACCGUCACCCGAGUCAAAAUCAUUGCCUCGCUGGAUCGAGCGCCCCUCCUGGGACUGGAACAGCCGCCCUGGGAGCAGAGACUUCGACGAGCUCAACCACAUCUUACAGGAAAGCAAGAAACUGGGAAGAGCACUGGAGAACCUCUCACGAAGUAUUGCCUUAUCUGAUGAGCUUGACCAGAACCCGCGAGUCUAUAACUCUGUCCUGAGGCCCCGUGUGGUAGGCGAGUGGGCGCGGCGACGGGAGGACGACUCUGACCCCCUCGCAGCAGAGAUGCUCCAACCACCCGUGCCCCGAGCCAAGGGCUGGGGGAGUGGGGAUAGCAGCCUCGCAGGGAGCCUGAAGAUGGAGGUCCAGACUCAAGGACUGAAACAUCAACAGCUCAACCAUAAGAAGCUCCUGGCUGCCAUGUUGUCUCAGGACUCUUUUGACUCUGUGCCAAGCCCCGCCCCCUCUGCAACCGAGGACGAGAUGGAGGACGACGACGAUGCCAUGGAACUGCUGGAGGAUCUGGAUGAUCUGCGCAUGGAAGGGGUCACUGGCCUGGUGCCGUCUGGCAGUAAGUUCAGCCAAGGUCGUAGCUCUUACUCCUCUGAACCCCAGGCCAAAGUCACCCUCAACAUCUGCUCGAGGUGUGCAAGGCUUCAGGGGAAUAGUCUGGCGUUGACAUGUGCCGAGGAGGAACCAGCACCCCCUGCUGUCGAACAAGCACUACCGCAGGUGGCAAGUCCGUUGCCGGGGGUGACAGCAACUAUGAACGCAGUGGAGCCAGAACUCCAGAGUAGCUCUCAGCGUUUUCCUGCCAGGGGGUCAGACCUGAAGCCAGUAAGAGGCUCAAGCCCCCAGACGCGGAGACGUGGUCUACAGCUAGAAGACCUGCUCUUCUCAAAAGAACUGGAGAACAUGGGCAAGCACCUUGCUGAGGUGGAGAAGGACCUGGCCAAGCUGACAGAGCAGGGGAAGCUGAGCUGGAGUCCCAGCAGCCCGCACAGCAACUCCCUGCCCCAAUCCCCCAGCAAGGCGUCUGGCCUGCAUGGCACCAAGCAUUCGCCUCUGCUCACGGGCCGGGCUCAGUCUCCCAGCAACCCCAGCAGGCCCUUGACCCCCAACAGCCUUAUGAUGCGGUCCCUGCCCACCAGUAGCCAUGGCAACACACGUGUCUACGGACGGUCUCGGAGCAGACCUGUAACGCCCACGGGGCAAAUCACACGACCUCUGUUAACCCCGCCUGGGCUCAGCACCAUGGACAACUUCAGUCUACGCAGCGCACUGUCAGAGGAUGAGUUUCUACCGGCAGCUGCAGGCAUCCGUACGACAGCCCUGGCGGGUCCCUAG